GCGGCUUCAAAUGCCAUCGAAGCGCGGCUUGCUGCGCCUGCAAGAACAACUGCUUGCUCAGUUGAAAGCGUCGUCACGGACGGUAUGCGGAUUAACAACCAUGUUAUCGCUUCGCUGGAGAGACUGAAUCAGGAGGAGGCGGCUUUCGUCACCGUCAAGACAUCGCUGACAGCUCAGGAAGAAAAAUAUCGUCGCCUGGAAAGCGACAUGAAGUGUCGUCGAAGGCUGGAGGCGCUAUGUGGAAUUAUUUAUGACAUCCAGUGUCAGGUCGCUUCACGAUGUUGUGACGUGGAUCAGUCUCAAAAGCAAGAUCUGCUCAAUAGACUGGAUAGUUGCCUUGAAAAAAUGCUGGCAGCGAGCGAACAGACGGUUCAACAACAAGUCGAGGCGUUACAGAAGGACGUGGAACAUGUUCUCGGAAUCGGGAAGCCGCGGCUUCGCAGGAAGAAGGAUGUUAUCGCCGAGCCAGUGACAACUGCAGCAUCGAAGAAGGCGACUACGAAGAUCUGCACACCCCCACGAAUCCCCGCUGAAAACCAGGUCAAUGCAGACGAAGCAGGUGAUAUGGAUUGGGACAAUGAUGGUUGGUUCGAUGAGUCUGCACCAAAUGACCCAGCGGAUGACUCUGACGAGCAGGAGCACAUUGUGGCACAAUUUUUUCCUAAGAAGUCCAAUCUGAAACUUGGAGGUGAUUUUCUGGCCGUGAAACUGGAAGAGGGAGCUUCGCCGCGCUGGCCUCGCGAGCUACCGCCUUUCGUGUGGUCGCUCUUGGCACGUGUAAUCACGUCAGACCCGCAGUCAUACGUGAUGAGGGUGACGCACAAGCGUCUCAUGGAUGAAAUUGCUAAGGGCGACCCGUAUUAUUAUCUGCAUCCGACGAUCAUGUCCAGUGAUGCGGAUGAGUCCUCGCCUUUGCGCACGUCACCCGCCCACCCGUGUGAGUUCGGCUGUCGAGGCGCGUCAGCGCUGAAGUGGGAGCGGAAAUUGGUAUCGCAAAUUAGCUCGCGCAUGAAGUCAUUCGACAACGUGGCGUACUCGCUGGCUCGUAGCAGCGGUGGCAAGGAGGUUCUCAACCGCAAGAAGAUGAACUCGAUUAUCCGUAAACUCCAUCUUGUUGCGAUGCAGCUACACUCACUGGUGUCGCAUCUUUAUUGCGUGAAGGGCCAGACGACCUGCAAAGAGGUUGACUCGCUUCCGAUAGCGCUGAACAACUCUCAUUUUGAGCGGAAGAUGGGAGUCUACAAGUCCAGAUUGAAACUUGUGGUACCGCACAAGUAUCAGCAACAACAGCAGCCUCCACAACAACAACAGCUCAGCAGCGCCAAUGAGCCAGCUGAAGAACUUCUGCGAGACACGUACGAGUUCUUUCCCGAGCUUUUGCUCUGCGUUGACAUCUGGGGGUACAACUAUCGCGAGGGUCAGGCGAAGCGACACAACAGCAAGAGUGUGCUAGGCGAGAACCAUUCUGGAGCUGUUUCGGAAGGGGCGUUGUUCCCACUCGGCUUUUUUCGUGGAGUCGAGAGUCUGGCGUUUGAUUUCGAGCACGACAGCAACGGUUUGCUCCGGUGUAUCUGUGACGAAUUGCUGAACAUUGUGUGUCUGUGGAACGAUUUCAAGUGGACUGACAACCUUGAAGCUGUUGCCCUGGAGCGCGUACUGUCUUUCGAGACGGACGUGACUGCCAGCAUUCUAAAGAUUCUGGAGCUUUAUGCUCACCACCUGCAGGCGCUCUGGGCUGUACGCUUAUUGGAUGAGCCUGAUCAGCUCCGAAGUGUUCACUUCACACAGUUCAAUGCGUACUAUAGUGACCGGAGUCAAGGAAGUCUGAACCCAAGCGCCGGGGCUCAAUCACGUGCUCCAACCCCAUCGAAGAACUCUGGUAAUCGUUCAAAUCGCGACCCAAGCUCUGUCGAUCGGUUGGUAGCGGAUGAAAUCGUGGAGCAACGUCUCGCCGAGGAAUAUUGGAACCGUAAGGUUACCGCGCUUUCUAUUCACAAUCCUAGCGAAGACGCACUCACUGGAGUCGAUCUGAAUCCGUCUCAGCUAUUGAGCGCGGAAACUAUUUGUGCGUGGGAUCAGCAAACGCUGGUAUCUUAUUUAUUGCGAUGGAGCGACGUAUACGCAAUUCGCAGCGAUGUGAAUGCGCUUUCGUCUGUCACAAACCACAUGCUGAAGCACGAGGUCCAGACAUACAGCUUCGUUGUUCGCGAUAACGAUAGCGAUGCCGACCGAGGAGUGGUCGACUCCGCAACAAGACAGCUCCUCGCAGCCGUGAGUCGCGCUCAGAUGUUGAUCAGGGACGCACUCGUUGGUACGGAGAAGCUUGCGUUACACUCAGCGUCCAGCCAGCUUCCGGAUGAGAGAAAGUACCUUCCAUGCUCAGAAGAAGACGUCGAGGCGGGCGAGACAAGCGAGACAAACGCGCAUGCACGCUCUUCCAGUGCUGAAAGGUCCCCCGCCUCUCAGACCACUGCAGAUGCAUCAAUUGACCCAGCUCAGGAACCGCCGUCGGUCCCAACUAAGCGAAAUACGCAGAAUGCUGCGGUCUCCAACGCUACGGGUGUGCAGGAGGAAAUAAGCUUUGGGACUGGUAUUUCCGUGGACCAACCUGAGUUGAAGGAUCUAAUCCAGUUGCUGGCCGUCACGAAGCAAGACAUGCAGGAGCUUUGUGGUCACAGACCUCGGUCAGCUCGGAUGCGUGAAAAGGUGCAGACGCAGUCUAUGCAGCUUGCUCGACAAACAGUCGAGAUUUUCCGCAACAUCAGAAACAUGUACGGUUCUCAGCUGCGAUGA